AUGGAAGAAAGCGUGAAACUGAGGGUGCCUCCACUCACUGGACAACAAGAACAGCCAUUAGCUCUGAUCAAUUAUCUGUACAUUGGUCACUUCUUAGCAAGAUGGGGUACCAGAAUGUGGGAAUUCUCUGUUGGUUUAUACAUGAUCAAUAUUUGGCCAGAGUCCUUGCUAUAUGCAGCAAUAUAUGGUGCCGUUGAAUCUGCCUCCAUUGCUGUGUGUGGUCCCAUGAUUGGAAGAUGGGUUGAUAAGUUGUCUUCUCUUAAGGUUUUACAAUUGUGGUUGGUGACACAAAAUCUCUCUUUUGUUAUUGCUGGGGCCUCUGUAGUUGCCUUACUCAUCCACUCAUCUUUGAAGUUUACACAUUUCUCCAUUUUCAUGCUGCUUGUGUUGCUAAUCAAUGUCUGUGGUGGCAUUGGUGUGCUUUCAACGCUUGCUGGUACAAUCCUGAUUGAAAGAGAAUGGUUGUUAGUUAUAUCCGAAGAUCAGCCCCCAGAAUUGCUUACAAAGAUGAAUUCAGUCACAAGACGAAUUGAUCUGUGUUGCAAACUUCUUGCUCCUGUCAUAACAGGGUUCAUAAUAAGCUUUGUAUCACUAAAAGCAUCUGCUAUAACUUUAGCACUAUGGAAUACUGUCUCUGUUUGGGUGGAGUAUUGGCUUUUCACAUCUGUAUAUGAAGGGAUUCCAGCUUUAGGCCAAAGCAGCCAGAAAAGGAUUGCAAGAUUUUUACAAUGUGAUCAAGAAAUGAACAAUCUAACUUCGGAGGAAGAUAGCUUGCUUCCUGUUACUGACUGCAGCUCAGAAUUGGCAGAUAGUAAAUGGAACAAAAAAAUUUCUCAGAAAAUUUCAGAGAAUCCUUAUAUUGCUGCAUGGAGAGUUUACUUACAACAAGAAGUUGCACUUCCUGGACUAGCUCUGGCUUUGCUAUUUUUCACUGUACUAAGUUUUGGAACUUUGAUGACAGCUACCUUAGAAUGGGAAGGAAUACCUGCAUAUGUUAUUGGACUAGGAAGAGGAAUAAAUGCUGUGAUUGGAAUAGCUGCAACAGUUGUAUACCCUAUGCUACAAUCUCGUAUAUCAACCAUUAGAACUGGACUUUGGUCGAUAUGGUCUCAGUGGACUUGCCUUCUUCCAUGUAUAGCUGCAAUAUGGAUCCAAAGUGGCUUUCUAUCAUCAUAUAUUCUGAUGGGAAGUGUAGCAACUUCUCGGCUUGGAUUGUGGAUGUUUGAUUUGUCAGUUCUUCAACACAUGCAGGAUCUUGUUACUGAAUCCGAUCGUUUGAUAGUUGGAGGUGUUCAAAAUUCACUUCAGUCUUUGAUGGAAUUGUUGGCCUAUGUUAUGGGAAUCAUAAUAUCUGAUCCACGGGACUUCUGGAAAUUGGCUGUAAUAUCUUUUCAAGCAGUCACAUUAGCUGCUUUCCUGUACUGUAUCCAUUCAUACCAUGUAAGAAAGCACCUCUUCCACUUUGACAGAAUGUUGUAUGGGCUAAAUGUUUUCUAA